CUUCCUUGGAGCCGCACCUGGCAACGGCUGGGCGUCCAGCUCUGGCCUGCUGAGCCUCAGGCGUCGCGUCUUCCCUCAGGCCCACUCGUGGUCAGGCCGCUCCCCCUCGGCGCGAGGUACACAUGAUGGAAAAUGUUCAUCUGGCACCAGAAACAGAUGAGGAUGAUCUUUACUCUGGUUUCAAUGACUACAAUCCAGCCUACGAUACUGAGGAGUUGGAGAAUGACACGGGUUUUCAGCAAGCAGUGAGAACCAGUCAUGGCAGAAGACCUCCAGUAACUGCAAAGAUACCAAGCACAGCAGUCAGCAGACCCAUAGCUACUGGAUAUGGGUCCAAGACAUCCCUGACAUCAUCAAUGGGAAGGCCGAUGACAGGGACUAUUCAGGAUGGAGUUGCUCGACCGAUGACGGCGGUGAGAGCAGCUGGCUUUUCCAAGGCAGCUUUGCGAGGCUCUGCAUUUGACCCCCUUGGUCAGUCUAGGGGCCCUGCUCCUCCUUUGGAAGCCAAAAAUGAAGACAGUCCAGAAGAAAAGAUUAGACAGUUGGAGAAGAAAGUAAAUGAGCUGGUGGAAGAGAGCUGUAUUGCCAACAGUUGUGGAGACUUAAAACUGGCCUUAGAGAAGGCAAAAGAUGCAGGAAGAAAAGAGAGAGUCCUGGUGAGACAACGAGAGCAAGUCACAAGUCCAGAAAAUAUCAACUUGGACCUAACCUACUCCGUUCUUUUCAACUUGGCAAGUCAGUAUUCUGCUAAUGAAAUGUAUGCAGAAGCACUAAACACAUACCAAGUUAUAGUGAAAAAUAAGAUGUUUAGCAAUGCAGGAAGACUGAAAGUGAAUAUGGGAAAUAUUUAUUUAAAGCAGAGGAAUUAUUCCAAAGCUAUUAAGUUCUACCGAAUGGCCUUAGAUCAGAUCCCAAGUGUCCAUAAAGAAAUGAGGAUUAAAAUAAUGCAGAACAUUGGGAUCACGUUUAUAAAGACCGGUCAGUACUCAGACGCCAUCAAUUCAUUCGAGCACAUCAUGAGCAUGGCCCCGAGCCUGAAGGCAGGCUUCAACCUCAUUCUCAGCUGCUUCGCCAUUGGAGAUCGAGAGAAAAUGAAGAAGGCAUUCCAAAAGUUGAUUGCUGUUCCGUUGGAAAUUGACGAAGACGAUAAAUAUAUCUCCCCCAGUGAUGAUCCCCAUACUAACUUAUUGAUUGAAGCUAUAAAAAAUGACCAUCUUAGGCAAAUGGAACGUGAAAGGAAAGCCAUGGCAGAAAAAUACAUCAUGACAGCUGCAAAACUCAUUGCUCCUGUGAUCGAAGCCUCGUUUGCUGUGGGUUAUAACUGGUGUGUGGAAGUAGUGAAGGCCUCUCAGUACGUGGAGCUGGCCAACGACCUGGAGAUUAACAAAGCAAUCACCUACUUGAGACAGAAGGACUUCAACCAGGCUGUAGACACGUUGAAAAUGUUUGAGAAGAAGGACAGUAGAGUGAAGAGUGCAGCUGCGACCAACCUCUCAUUCCUGUAUUAUCUGGAGAAUGAAUUUGCCCAAGCCAGCAGCUAUGCAGAUUUAGCUGUGAGCUCAGACAGAUACAACCCAUCAGCUCUCACUAACAAGGGGAACACAGUGUUUGCAAAUGGUGACUACGAGAAGGCAGCUGAGUUCUAUAAAGAAGCCCUAAGAAACGAUUCUUCUUGUACUGAAGCACUUUAUAACAUUGGCCUCACCUACAAGAAGCUCAACCGCCUGGACGAGGCGUUGGACUCCUUCCUGAAACUGCAUGCAAUCCUUCGGAACAGCGCUCAAGUUCUGUGCCAGAUAGCAAAUGUAUACGAGUUAAUGGAAGAUCCCAAUCAGGCUAUUGAGUGGCUGAUGCAGUUGAUCAGCGUGGUUCCAACUGAUUCCCAAGCGCUGUCUAAACUGGGAGAGUUGUACGAUAGUGAGGGAGACAAGUCCCAGGCGUUCCAAUAUUACUAUGAGUCAUAUAGGUAUUUCCCUUCUAACAUUGAAGUCAUCGAAUGGCUUGGAGCUUAUUACAUUGAUACCCAGUUCUGCGAGAAAGCCAUUCAGUACUUUGAAAGAGCUUCCCUUAUACAACCCACACAAGUGAAAUGGCAGCUGAUGGUCGCUAGCUGUUUUAGAAGAAGUGGUAACUACCAAAAGGCAUUAGAUACUUACAAAGAGAUUCACAGGAAAUUUCCAGAGAAUGUUGAAUGUUUGCGUUUCUUGGUUCGUCUCUGCACAGAUAUUGGAUUAAAAGAAGUUCAAGAAUAUGCCACAAAACUCAAGAGGUUGGAAAAAAUGAAAGAAAUGCGGGAACAGCGCAUAAAAUCAGGCAGAGACAGCGGCGGGGGCUCUCGCAGCAAACGAGAGGGGAGCGCUGGCAGUGAUAGUGGCCAGAACAGUAGUGCCAGUAGUAAAAGUGAACGACUGAGUGCCAAGCUCAGAGCUUUGCCUGGGACAGACGAACCUUAUGAAAGUAGCGGUAACAAAGAAAUAGAUGCCUCCUAUGUGGAUCCACUGGGCCCUCAGAUAGAAAGACCAAAAACUGCAGCCAGAAAGAGAAUUGACGAGGACGAUUUUGCUGAUGAAGAGUUAGGAGAUGACUUGCUCCCAGAAUAAUAUAAACUCUAAUGUGUGUGUGUGUGUGUGUGUGUGUGUGUGUGUGUGUGUGUGUAUUUAUGGAAGCCAGAAGCCAGCCUCAGAUGUUCCUCAGGCACCAUCUAUCAUCUUUUUAAACUUGUGACAAGGUUCCUCUGGCCCAGAACUUGCCAUACAAGCAAGACUGGCUGGCUAGCAACCCCACGGAUCCGCCCGUCUCUGCUUCCUUGCUGUGAGAUUCAUAAGCACAUGGUACUAAAUCCAGCUUUCUUCAAACGGACUCUCGGGCUUGAGCUCAGGCCCUCCAGCUUGCAAGGCAAGCAAUUUCCAAUUGUGUUCUCUCUGGCCAAAGAAGUCAUUUACCAAAGGAAGAAAUUGCCUUAUAAGGUAAUGCUCAUGGUAAACCUGGGACCAAUUGUCCAAACUUUAAUUCUGUACACUGUUGAAACUUUAAAUAAGUGUAUUUUGUUCUCUGAGGAUGGAUUUGUGCUGUCAGUUUUUAAGAUGGAAUAAAAACUGUGAAACAA